UGGUCCAGCACAGAGGGUCACGCAAGGCCACAAAAGAAAAGAGACUUUAGGGCCACUUUAUGUCAAGCGCAUAUGCCAUCUUCCUGGUAAGGUGCGGAGACAGUAUAGAUGUCGCAGAAAGGCAGCGCGAGAGGGUGAAGUUACCGAUUACGCACCAUUUUUUGAGCGCAAGCUUGCCAAGUCUUGACAUUGAGUUGUUUUCAGAGUGGGCCACAUUAGCAAAAAUAGCCCGCGUCAUUCCCAUUAAAUCUCAUUAAAACAGCCUUGCGUAGCAGACUUCAGGAGAGAAGGUCACCAGGCUGAUGUGCCUCUCAGGCUACAAAGAAACAGUGGACAGCUGGAAGAAAAGUCCCUCUGGCAAGAAGAAUGACUGAAGGUGUAGAUGUUCCUUGGACCCCAAGGACCACUAUAAUCAGUGGCUCCAUCACUCACCCACCAAGAGCCAGUGCUGAUGCUAUUCAAAGCCCUGACACAUGGAGCAGGACUUCCUCUUCACAUCUUUCAGAUAUGGUGCCAGAGCAAGGCCAGGAACAUAGCUGCAAUGCUGAGGAUCAGGAGGAUCAGGAAGGAGACUCCUCCAGCCUCCAUGAGGGGCUGCAGUGCCACACAGGAGCCGCGGGAGAGCAAUACAGUGGACAUCUGGCACCUGAUGGAGGCUGGGGUUGGGCUGUACUGACAGCUACUAUCCUGGUCUUGGCACUCACUCUUGCCUUCCCCUCCUGCAUUGGCAUCUUUUACACAGAUUUGCAAAAAGAGUUCCAAGCGAGCAACUCUGAAACGUCCUGGGUGCCAGCCAUCAUGACAGCAGUACUGCAUGCAGGAGGCCCUGUGUGCAGCAUUCUCGUGGAGUGCUUCGGCUGUCGUACAACAAUAAUGGUGGGCGGGAUCCUGAGUGGACUGGGGAUGGUAGUCAGCUCUUUUGCUCAAACCAUGGCAGACUUGUACAUUGCCACCGGAGUCAUCACAGGACUGGGAUUCUGCUUGUGCUUCCAGCCAUCACUCACCAUGGUGGGCUAUUAUUUUGUACGCCGCCGUGCCUUUGCAAGUGCCCUCUCUUCCACAGGAACAGCGCUGGGUCUAAGCACUCUGCCUUUGCUGGCCAACUUUCUGCUGGGGCAGUUUGGCUGGAGGGGCAGCUUCCUGGUACUGGGUGGAGUAGUGCUCAACUGCUGUGUGUGUGGUGCUGUUAUGAGACCUUUGCGGACCAAAAUGAAGGUGAAGGCAAUGGCAAUAGAAUCAGUAAAUCCACUGCUUAAAACCAACGAUCUUCUUGCACAGAGGGAGCAUAAAGGGCUUAAGGGGCGUCUGCAGAACACCCUGGCAAACAUAGUGCCCUUUCUGUGUAGGCAUAUGGCUGUUGACCUAAUACGCACUCACCCACGAUUCCUUGCCUAUGCUUUGGGGGUGUCAUGGAUGAUGCUGGGUUUUUUAGUGCCGCUUAUCUACCUGGUGCCAUACGCAACUGCACAUGGGAUAGACCAGGAGCGUGCUGCUCUGCUUAUGGCUGUCCUUGGUCUAGUCAACGUGACUGUACGACCAACGGCAGCGCUGAUGUUCAGACUUAAGCGCUUCCGUGGAAGCCACCACUUUGUCUACGUGUUCGCCUUUGCCCUCUUGGUCAACGGCCUGAGCAACUGUGUGUGUGCGGCAGUAACAAGUUUCCAGGCACUCCUGGCCUAUGUGCUGGUUUUUGCUGCUUCUAUGAGUAUCGUAGGCUCACUGCUCUACACUGUGUUGAUGGAGACAGUGGAGAUGAGUCGGUUCCAGUCAGCCCUGGGCCUCAUCAGCAUCAUGGAGAGCAUCAUGCUUCUUCUGGGCCCACCUCUGGCAGGAAUGUUGGCAGAUUUUACUGGGCAGUACAGCUACGUGUUCUUCUUCUGCAGUGUGUCUGUUUCCACUGCUGGCCUCUUCAUUAUGGUGUCCUUCUACUGGUUGGACAGACAGUGUAACAAAAAAGAGAAGAGGCCUUUCUCUGAACACAACCACAAUUUGAAGCCCAGUAUCAGUCUAGCCACUGAUUUUGAAGGCAACCAAGUGCCUUUACAGAGGAGGACGGUCCAAGACACUGAUACUGCCACUAAUGUUUAAACGGUCAAGUGUAAAAUGUAUUUCUGUAUACUACCACUAGUAUUUCAGAACAUACAGGAAUGCACAACGAUAUUUUCGUUGCCUUUCAUUUUAUCAUUUCCCAGUUAAGCAGCUCAGUGAAUUUGCACAUAGUGGUAAUGACAUAUUGACAGUCUUUAUUUGACUCAAAAAUGAGAUUUUUAUGAAAGUUUUCUAGGUUUUACCAAACACCACUGGCAACCAACUGAAUACUGAUCUCUUGCAAUAGAUAAUUUUGUAUUACUGCUAAUAUGUACAAAAUCAUUUCAUUUAGAUAUUGACCUUUUAUUUGAAGAACUACUUCCAUCAGAAUCACCUAGCUGCCUAAGGUUCUGAUAUGUUUGUAGAUCAUGCUCAAUGAAGGAUGUUUACUUUGCUAAUACACCAAUCAGCCAAACAUUAUGACCACUGGCAGGUGAAGUAAAUAACACUGAUUAUCUCCUCGUCAUGGCACCUGUUAGUGGGUGGGAUAUAUUAGGCAACAAGUGAACAUUUUGUCCUCAAAGUUGAUGUGUUAGAAGCAGGAAAAAUGGGCAAGCUUAAGGAUUUGAGCGAGUCUGACAAGGGCUAAAUUGUGAUGGCUAGAUGACUGGAUCAGAGCAUCUCCAAAACUGCAGCUCUUGUGGGGUGUUCCCGGUCUGCAGUGGUCAGUAUCUAUCAAAAGUGGUCCAAGGAAGGAACAGUGGUGAACUGGUGACAGGGUCAUGGGCGACCAAGGCUCAUUGAUGCAUGUGGGGAGUAAAGGCUGGCCCUUGUGGUCUGAGCCAACAGAUGAGGUACUGUUGCUCAAAUUGCUGAAGAAGUUAAUGCUGUUUCUGAUAGAAAGGUGUCAGAAUACACAUGACACAAAGCAAAAAUUGUUCAGGAAUGAUUUGAUGAGCACCUCCACCUCCAAACUCCAAAUAAGGUGUUGACUUGGCCUCCAAAUUCCCCAAAUCUCAAUCAAGUCGAGCAUCUCUGGGAUGUGCUGGACAAACAAGUCUGAUCUAUGGAGGUCCCACCUCGCGACUUACAGGACUUAAAGGAUCUGCUGCUAACAUCUUGGUGCCAAAUACCACAGCACACCUUCAGGGAUCUAGUGGAGUCAAUGCCUCGAUGGGUCAGGGCUGUUUUGGCACCAAAAUGGGGACCAACAAAUUUUUAUUAUACUGGUUGUCAUAAUGUUAUGGCUGAUCGGUGUAUAUGGGAAUAAUUAUAGAAUUACUGAUACUGUGAAAAACCAUAAUGACCUUGUUCAAACUAAUAGUCAUUUAUGUAUUUGUUUAAUUUUGAAAACUUUAAAGCCCUAAACAUAUUUAUACAUCUGAAAUUUGUAUUUAAAU